UCUAAGGCUAACUUCGCGAUUGUUUACGGUUUUAAUGCCAGAUUCGAUUAUUUUUAUUUAACAAACUAUUGUUAUAAACAUCUUAAAGCUCGAUACACAGUAAUGGCUAAUUGAAACUUCGAGCGUCAGAUGACGUCACCCAAGAUGGAUAUAAUGGAUAAUAUACCGAAAUCUAAGAAGAUCAUGACCAAGGAUGAGGUGGCUUUGUUAAUUGAUUUAAUUCAAAGCAACCCAAUCUUGACCAGCAAAGAGACGAAUGCCACAACAAACAAGACCAAGGAGGAUACAUGGACAACUUUGACAUCUACAUUUAAUGCCAAGAACUGUUACAUUCCAAGGUCCAAGGUACAAUUGAAAUUAAAAUGGGAUAACUUAAAAAAGGCGGCCCGGAAACGAAGUCAACAAAUAAGAAUGAAUAAUUUAAAGACUGAUGGUGAACCUGAUGCCAUACCACCGGAUGAUAUUUUAGAAAAGGUAUCAAGUCUCCUAGGGUCCGCUAGCACUAGUAUUGUUAUCCCAUUUGGAAAUGAUGGAAAUGGUUGUGGGAAUACUGAGGUGGAUGGUGAUAAUAAGUCGGAUACUGUUGAUGGGACACAUGUAUAUGAAGAUGUUUUUGUCGCUGAUGACGAGAGACAUAUCCUCCCAGAUGAUGUCGAAGUUUUAAUUGAAACUCCUAGCAAAGUAGACAUACAGACAAGGAAAAGAAAAAUAGUAGCAAAUCAAGAAGAGAAUACCACUGAGCCAGAGAGUCCUAAACUUUACUUUGGCAUGCCUCUAUCGGAUCAAUUGAAAUUAAAAAAGAUAGAUAAAAAGAAAACAGACCACGAUGGACGGUUAGCUCGUAACCUAGCCAUAGCUCGUUAUUUUGACAAAAAAACUGAAAAACUAGAUUUAGAAAUUAAACUUUUAAGAUUAGAGUUUGAAAAUAAACAAAAUAGGAAUAAUAAUGUAAAUAGUGUUGUAUAGAUUUAUAUUGUAUAUGUUUUAAGGUUAUGCAUAAACAAGUUUAAAUCUUUAAAGUAAUUAUUUUGAAUAGCUUACAAGGCCACAGACCCAAGAACUUGGAUUCAAACACUGGGUUGACCAAUGAAAACAUUUUGUUUUUCUGUCGAAUAUUUCUGUUUAAACGUUGAAAGUGUACCACGAAAGGCAUAACGGCGUAAGCGCCUGAACUCUUACUGGUCGUGUCGGAUUUGCAGUUCCAUGGGAUUAUGAGAGUGUGAACACAGAGGGUGUUUGCAAAAAUACAUGUGUCUAUUCUAAAGCUGCAUAUCCAUAUCGAUUUGUGAACCUUAGAUCUGUGCUCCUGAAAUACACAACAUCUCAAGUUCCGCUGUGAGCCAAGUGGUGACUGGAUUUUUUGUACCGAACACAAAGCAGAGUAUACUCAGUGUGAAAAAAGUAACACCUUAUAUUGUUAACUUAUGUAUUGAGGUUUGUGAUCCAUCAAUCACAUAUAAUAUAAUUAAUACUUUACGUUAAAACUUACAUAUAAAAUAUUCUAAAUCAAAAUAUAAUUUAUUAAUAAUUAUUAUUAUGGUUAUCUUAUUUUGGUUAUUGUCUGUCAUUUACUAAAUAUGAAAUUUUAUAUAUUUGUUUGAGAUUAAUAAUAUUUGAUAAUGUUUGACGAUCACCGAGCUGGCAUAUGUAUGUACUUUUUCAUGGAGGUUUUGAUACUAUCCACUUUAUUGUAAUUUACUACUAGAUUGCGCUGUAGACACAUUGCAUACAUGUAUACAUGUAGGACAUUGUC